AUGUCUUCCAUCUUCUGUUGUGCGAACACUCAGGGAUACAGGAACCGCAUUCUGUCCCAUGAACCCAAGUUCAAGACCUUCAUGGCGUGGGCCACCUACCCCAAGGAAAGCGACAUCAUGUCAUCCGACACAGCGCCGUCUGCGACCGACAUUACAUUUGCAAUUCAAGUUGUCAAGCAAACCAACUACGGCCCACUCGACAGCAAACGAUACUUCGUCACUGGCUCUGAUGGUGCUUUCGUCGAGGUGACUGAGCAGUGGCUUGUCGAUGCGAACUUCGAAAAGCUGAACACGUUCAAGAACUUCAAGUGUGCGGCUCACAAUAAGUUCUUCGAAGUCAACGUCUACCAGAAGAACGCGAUAAACGCGCACCACUGGCGUGCCAACAUUGCUAGACCUGCGACUGAGAUCGAUCUUUGA